AAUCCUUCCUAGAGCAGAGCAGCUCUCUCUCUCUCUCCCCCGAACUAAACACAAACACUACCAAGCGACAUGACUUCCAGCAUCGCCCCAGAGGCCAGCCAACCUCUCCCUGCGCGGUCCACCGUGGCCCAGAGGAAACAAGCCAACGAACUGAGAAAGACGCUCAAACCGUUGCUCGAAAAGAAAAGGCGCGCCCGAAUCAACGACAGCCUCGGCAGUCUAAAGACCCUCAUCCUGCCGCUGGUUGGAAAGGACAACGCGCGCUACUCCAAACUGGAGAAAGCCGACAUCCUCGAGAUGACCGUUCGUUUCCUCAGAGAGCUCCCCUCCAGCCCUGUCAAAAAUUCCUCUGACAGCUACAAAGAAGGCUACAAAGCGUGCCUGGACCGCGUGUCCGCUCUGCUGCCCCAAACCAGCAUGGACCAAGGCGCGUGCCAGCGCGUCAACCAGUUCAUCCAGCAGUCCUCCUCUGCCCCCAUCACCCCGACCUGCAGGAACUGCUGCGCCCAGAGCUCCAUGGCUCUCCCCCAGAUCCAACAGAGACUCAUGAACCUCAAAUCCAGCUUGGGCCACCGCGCUGGGCUCCAGUCCCCGAACCACAACAACCACGCCAACAACGGCGUGGCUCCCAGCAGAGCCCCGCCGGCCCAACAGGCAGCCAGCCCCGACAUGUGGAGGCCCUGGUAGACUAGGAACACGUUUGUUGUUUGUAUAUAUUUAUUUGUAUAUUUAUUUAUCUCGACUAUGAAGUAUUAGGCUACUCAAGCCAUGUAUUAGCCGUGUGGUUAUUACGCAGAAGAAGGUGGAGAAGUUCGGCAUUUGGCUCGUCACGCGUUUACUUACAGAAGACAAAUGAGCACAGAUCUUGAUAUAAAACGGUAAAGUCUAUUGACUUUGUAAGAUGCAAUCAUCUUUGGGGUUUCAGAGAUAUGGGUUGUAGACAACACUUUUGUAAAACCCAAAGGGUUAAUUAAUAUGAGGUUUGCACUGUGGACUUAAGGUAACUGGUCUGUGCAAAAGAAUGGUCUGUAAACACUAUGUGUUAAACAUUAUUAUUUUUUAUUUAUUGACAAUUUGUAAAACCAAAAAUUGUGUCUGAGAGCGCGUUGUUUGUUUGUGUCAUUGACGGCUGUUCCUCAAUAAAAACAACUACAAACGUA